AAUAGUACAACGCUUAUUUCCAGAUAGGCAUAAAAAAACCCUAAUCUGAGAAAGUUCGCUAAGGUUUCUGUCAAAACCUAACCAGCACUUCUUCACCGGCGGAACAACGAGCCUUCGGCCGUCCGUCAGAGAACGUCACCUCAAAUGGACUUCGAUGAGUACGAUUAUCUGGAGAAGACUGUAGAAGAGCCCAACGGCGGUCCUUCUACAAAGAGCAAAGACAACAACAACAGCAGCGCCGAGAAGGAGAAGAGCGAGAAAGCCUAUCGCCGAAGGGAGAGAGACGGGAGCGAGGAAUACGCCGCCGAAGACGACAAUAGAGAUCGCCGGAGCAGCAAAAGGUCUCGCGGCGACGGCGAAAAGGAUAAGGAGAGAGAUAAAGAUAGAGAUAGGGAAAGGGAAAGGUCGUCGAGGCAUCGGAGCAGGGAGCGAGAAUCGGAGAGAGACAGAGAGAGAAGCUCAAAGGACCGAGACCGCGAACGUGACAGAGAGAAGAGGGAGAAGGAGAAGGAGAAGGAGAAGGAGAAAGAGAGGGAGAAGGAACGAGAGAGGGAGAGGAAGAGUAGAGAUCGGGAUAGGGAGAGAGAUAAGGAACGGGAGAAGGAGAAGGAUAGAGAGAGGGAGAGGUCAAGGAGGAGCCGGAGUCGCUCCAGGAUUGAACGAGAGCGAGAGAAGGAGCUGUCAAGAGACGUCGAGCGUGAACGUGACUUUGAAUCACGAGACAGCAGGAGAUUCAAGGAGAAGAAAGAAAAAAUUGAACCAGAAGCUGAUCCAGAAAGGGACCAGAGAACUGUUUUUGCUUACCAGAUGCCCCUGAAGGCAACUGAAAGGGAUGUGUAUGAGUUCUUCUCACAAGCAGGAAAGGUGAGGGAUGUGCGGUUAAUCAUGGACCGGAAUUCAAGGCGAUCUAAAGGAGUUGGGUACAUUGAGUUUUAUGAUGCAAUGUCAGUGCCAAUGGCUAUUGCUUUAUCCGGUCGCUUGCUUUUUGGCCAACCAGUCAUGGUAAAACCUUCUGAAGCUGAAAAAAACCUUGUUCAGUCAACUGCGUCUGGUGGUGGAUCAGGGUUGGCAGGGCCAAAUGCUGCCUCAGAGAGAAAACUUUAUGUGGGAAAUCUCCAUUUCAACAUGACAGAGUUACAGCUUAGACAGAUUUUUGAAGCCUUUGGGCCCGUGGAGCUUGUGCAAUUACCUACAGAUCCUGAAACAGGGCAUUGUAAGGGUUUUGGAUUUGUCCAAUUUGCUCAACUCGAACAUGCAAAGGCAGCUCAAAGCUUGAAUGGCAAGCUUGAAAUUGCGGGUCGCACCAUCAAGGUUUCAUCCGUUACUGAACAUGUCGGAGUACAAGAUGCUGGAGCUAAAACUGCAGAUUUUGAUGAUGAUGAAGGAGGUGGCUUGGCAUUAAAUGCUCAGUCAAGGGCCAUGCUUAUGGCAAAGUUGGACCGCAGCGGUGUUGCUUCAAGUGUGGCGGGUACCCUUGGAGUUCCUGCACUUAAUGGAGCAGCUCCAGCUCAGAUGAGCAUGCCCCCCAUAGGUGGGGCAACAGCUUUUCCGAAUAUGCUCGCAACGCAAGUCAUUGCUGCCAUGGCUCCUGAACCCAUUGGAAUUCCCAGCGAGUGUUUGUUAUUAAAAAAUAUGUUUGAUCCUGCAACCGAGACGGAUCCAGAAUUUGAUUUGGAUAUCAAAGAUGAUGUAAAGGAGGAGUGUUCCAAGUAUGGCAGGGUCAAGCACAUCCAUGUGGACAAGAAUAGCUCCGGUUACGUAUACUUGCGGUUUGAUAGCGUCGAAGGUGCAUCUCGUGCUCAACAAGCUAUGCACAAGAGAUGGUUUGCAGGCAGAUCGAUUUCAGCCAUCUUCUUGCAACCUUAUGAAUAUGAUGCGAAGUUCAAAGGUACAGGCUGAAAGGUUUCAGACGGGGGGCUAUCUAUGAUCUCUGAAGACUACUGAUUUGUUUAUUAGUAAUUGCAAAAACUGCAGCCUGAUUUUGUAUUUAAUUUCAUAUCUUAGUGAUACCAAAAACUACUAAACGGUACUGUAUAAGCCGACAUAUGAGGUUAUAGAUGUGAGCUUUUGGCCAAUAUUGUCCCUUAUCUUUGAGGGUAGAUCUAUUUUGGUCCCUUAAAUAUAAUCGUGAGCAUAUUCAGUCCCUUAAGUAUGUUAAAGUGGAGCACCUUUAGUCUCAA